AUGAUGCAUUCAACACCAUCAACCAGUUAUUCACCGACUGCUGCGGAUUACGUCUAUCGGCGUGUGCUACGACAAGCCGUAGCUGCAAUGUGUAAACAGGCUGGAUUUGAAGCGAUUGAAGCGGAUGUGCUGGAGUUGCUUACGCAUAUGGUCAAUUCGUAUCUCAAUGAACUGGCCAUUACAACACGUCUGAUGACCGAACAUGCCGGACGUUGCAUCUCAACACCAACGGAUACGCUGAUUGCACUGGUCGAUCUUGGCAGUGCUGUUUCGGAUUUACCGGCAUUUCUGAAAGAAACCACUUCAAAGGGUUCGCUGGUUAUUGCACCACCACGCGUACAACAAGCACCACAUACACAGACGAUGUUUUAUGCAGAUAAGCCUUUACCAUUGCCGCCUUUGCCGGAAAAACCGUCUUGGAAGAGCAAGGACAAUGCAGGUGAAGCUUCAGCGUCCGCAACAGCAGCAGUAGCACGCCCUCGACCCUCCUCAGUUAUUCACCGACUGCUGCGGAUUACGUCUAUCGACGUGUGCUACGACAGGCCGUAG